GUUACACCCGAACAAGAAAUUCAACUCGCCCGAAUCAUUCAACAAGGUGCCCAACUACAAGGAUCCCGAGUCGAACUCGAAAAUCAACUGGGACGUAGCUGUACCAAGCAAGAAUGGGCGGAUAAGGUCGGAUUAUCCAACAAGGAACUACGCCGAGUUGUGAACGAUUAUCGAAGGGCCAAGCACGAUCUCGUUACGGCCAAUCUAGGACUCGUGCACGCCGUUGUCAAUCAACAAUAUGGGAGUCUCAAAACACACACGGGGAUUACUAAAGAAGAACUCAUACAGGAAGGCAGUUUGGGAUUGUUGCGCGCGGCCGAAUUGUUUGAUCCCGAGCGAGGACUGCGAUUCAGCACUUACGCGGUAGUGUGGAUCAAGGGCGUGCUCAGCAAUUCGCAUCUUCCCGAACUUGUCCGACUCCCAGCCCGGGAAAAGACCAAGUGGAACAAAAUUCAAACCAUUCAACGCGAAGUAGAAACAGCCAACGGUGUGGUCCCCACCGUAGAGGAACUGGCUACCCUGACCGGCAUGACCGUGCAGGAGGUUGUGCAAACCACGCGGCGAAUGCAACAGGCAAGGUCCAUACUGAGUUUGGAUUUUGAAUACUCCUCGCACUCGCGCAGUGGUGCCGACACCGCAACGUCCUCGGCGGCACUGGCGAACCAGGAAUGCCCGGAAGACGCCAAACUCGCAGCCCGUACCCAACUUCAGGCUGAUGUCAUUGCUGCCAUGGCACGUAACUUGGACGCUCGAGAGGCUCGUCUACUGCGAUUGCGAUACGGUUUGGCGGACGGACAAACACGUUCGUUGGCCGAAUGUGCCGACGCCAUGGGAUUAUCACCAACCCGGACCCAACAAAUAGCUCAAACUUGUUUGAGCAAACUCCGACAAGCGGCUGAAGCCGAGUCCCUCGAAGAAUAUUUGCUGACAAUUGCUUAG